GGCGGGAGCCUGAAAGCAGUAUUACCAAACAUUGUACAAGUUGCGCAAGCGUUUGUCCAAAACUCGAGAACUUCUGCAGUCAGACUGGCUACUACCAUACAUCACACUGACCCUCCAGUCUUAGGCUCAUCAUUUGCACAAGUUCCGUUGUCAUCAUGCCCGAUCUGACUCGCGCGAAAAUUUGGGAAGGAAAGGCCGAUCAGUAUAGCAUAGCUCUUACCUGUUCAUCACGAUCAUCAUGCCUGCAGUGUACCGCCAUUUGAGCUGCAUACCGUACAUGUAUCAUGGCGAUGAAUCUUCUACUUAUCACCGCCUUCAUAUCAGAAGUUAUACUUCUUGUCUGUGGAGAAGGAAGAUAUGAGCAAGGAGUUGUAAGAGCUAAAGAAGGAGAACAAAUGCUGACCCAGAUAAGACAAUAUGGGGAACACCCACGAUAUGGCAAAUGCUGGACAACUGCACUGGAGCAAGUGCAUGAAGGAUGCAAGAGAUUGACAGAUGAUGAGCAAAGUUACCUUGCCUUGACCUUUGCUAACUGUCACUUAGAGAAAGCGGGUCUGACAUCUUAUCCCUGUGAAGGGACAGCAAACAUCCAAUUAUGCCUACAACAGCUGAAAGGUGAUGCUGUAGCAUUCAACGCUUACACAGAAUUCUUCACACAUACCCAAGACAUCUGCUUCUUCUUACAGAGCCAGGUUUGGCAUGAGCAAACAGAGCAGACUGUAUCUAGACUGGCCCAGAGCUCAGAAAAUGUGGCUGACAAGAUGGAGGUCACAGGUAAACUACAGGAGGAAAUGAUUGAAAAGCAGGGCGAAUCACUCAAGCAGCAGGACCUCAUCUUGCAAAGUGAGGAGAAACUAAGAGAUGCCCUUCAGACAUCCUCACAGGAUAUCAAGAAUGUCUUUGCUGAGGUGAAGGACCAGACACAGACCCAGAAGCGUCUAUUUGAGGAAACAUUCAGCCGUGUAACUGAUAUUCAACAUCUGAUCCUGGGAGAAUUCAGCUGGUUCAAUUCACUUCUAUUUUUUGCUGCUGCCAUACUAAUUGCAUACCUGGUGACCUCUACACCACGCACUAGCGGAGCAAGACUCUGGCUAUUUAUUAUCCUAGGAGUGGACUGGAUGGUUGAAAGAGCUCUGUUUCAAGUCCCUGACAGUGAUCAGACACAACUUUAUGAGUACAUGUGGUUUUGUCGGAAGGGUUUUGGUUUAAUGGCGGUUCUGGUUCUCUGCUUGUGUGCGUAUCGAUACAAAGAUUUGGUGGCAGCAAACAACAUGCUUCUACUUGAGAUAAAACGACAAAACUCUGAGAUGUGUCGUGCCAUGAAAGGAUUAGGUCUGAAUUCUUACCCUGCGCUUGGGAGUAACAGUGUAGCUGCAGCUCUACCGUCGUCAGGUACAACUGCCAUGUCGCUAGUUACAGGACAGAAGUCCCUGUCACAUGGCCAGGACUAUUGUGACAGCAUGCUACACACAGUGGCAGUUGAUGGCUACAGUUCAGACAACUUCACAAGCUCUGACAGUGAUCCUACCUACAUAGGCGCACGUAACUCAUCAGACACUGAUGAACCAUCUGACACACAGAGCUUCAUCACAGCAAGACAGGUUAGUCACCCAAUCAGUCGUCCUGCCAGUCCAACAACUACUCUGGAUCAGAGAAGGAGAAGUAGUCAAUUUUCAUCAAAUGAUGGCUUUGUGGAAGGAUUAAACAAUUCAGUGAACUCCCCUUUCCAAGUGGAUUCACCAGAUACAAGCUUUAUUGGUAGCACACCAACAGUCAAGAGAAAAAGAGGUCGACCUAAAGGUAGCAAGAGCAGACAGUCUACACCACAGAGUGAAAACAGCAAAACUCCCACUCAGACCCGAUACAACUUACGAACCAGACGUCUCCAAUCAUUCUACAAUCCUAUUCUCAACACGGAGACUGUGGAGAUGUUCAUUGAAGGACUCAGUGCAUCACUGGGCCGGCGAACUUUACAAGCUGAAAGGGUGGAGCCAAGACAGUGUAAUAUCACAUCAUUUUCUUCUGAUGAAGGGUUUUAAAAUGACAUCAUCCGAUCACGCCAUUUUUUCAAACUCUUUUCACUGACAUCCAAAUUGCUUGUUUCCUAGGAGACUGGUAAUUGAAAGAUGAACUUUGUUUUGUUGUAAAAUAAAUGAGAUGUUUAAAAAAAACUGUGGCAUUCAUUAAAGUAUUUUCCCAUCAAUAAAUUGCACUGAAAUAAAGAAUAAUCAAAAUUCUGAAAACAGUUUUUAUUCACUUUUUGCUGAAGGAAUAUGUGAAAUACAACAGUACUUGUCAUUGACAUGUCAUGUAGAUUGCAUGUCAAGUCUUAAAGGAAGUUGUGGCAGUCAUAAACUUAGAUCCAGCGUACACUUAGUGGCGUUGAAUAAAUUGCAUUUUGGGGGUCCUCUAGUCGCAAAAACUGAACAAAUGUCUAAGACAGUGAAUGCAUCUAAAAUAUUUUACAUUUGAAAAUAAUUUCAAAUGGUUUAUAUGCAGAAAGUGUGUGAAAAGAAUUUUUUUAUUAAAGUUUGUUUCACCUUAUGUACCCCUUGUAAAGUUACAGUGUACUUCAAAAUACAUUGCAAUUGUGAUGUAUUUCAUGUACAUGUAGGUAUGUUUCGUAUAUCAAUCAAGUUUUCACCAGUACCGAUGAAGUGCAUCUCAAACCUGGAAAGGAGAUCAUGCGAUUGUUUUUUGAGUUUUUGACUUGCUUUUUUUAAUUUUAGGCUUAGUGUGGCAUGUCAGGUUAAUUCAAUAAAAAUUGGUCAAGUUCUUAUCCUUUUAACUAAAUAAGAAGGCAUUUGGGAUGUCCAAAAAUUCAAAUUGUUUUGUAUUCAUCCCUUGGAAGCACUAAAAGGGCACACAGCCAGAGCCAAAAACCUCAAAACUGGAAGAAUUGCUAAUUGCCGAUGGCAUUUAAACAACUGCCAUGAUGUGCAUAAAUCCAGUAAGAUUCUAUUCACAGCUUAAGCUUAAA